GUAAGCAAUGAGAGUGAUUACACGGACCUACGUAACAGAAACUCCGCUGUGUGAAAAAUUCUUUCACUGGUGGGAAGCUACACAUUCUCUUUUUAAAAGGGCAAUUUUUUGUCCGGAUAUGGAAAGUAGUUUUCACGGAACGCGGGUGAAACCGCUUAAAAUAGCUAGUACAUAGUUUAAAAAUUGAGCCUAAAAGGCACCCAUUUCUUCUUUAUCAAUUUAUUACAGAUUUUGAAGUUGGGACAUAAUGGAACCCCAGUGGUCAGCGUAUUCUGCGUAUUCUUUAUUGUUGAUGUCUUGACAGAGUUUCGAUAAACGCUAGGGAUCUCACUAGGCCGCAAGAUAAUUCUGUGCCAUUAUUUACGGCAAUGUCCGGAGACCCGGGUGCAGUUCAUGCAGUCAUGUCGAUGUAACAUCUACCUCUGUAGUCUAAAUCUGACAGACUUUAUGAAGAAAUAAGAAGGAAGUCGCAUCCGUCAAUGACGGAUUCACGAUGACGUCUUUCGACAUGUAACACAAUGAAGAACAAUAAAUAUAAAUUCUAGUGAUCGAAGUAACAUAUUUAUAAUAAAAAUUAUAAAAAUGCAUACGUUCCCUUCGAAUAUGAGCAGCCGACCAGCGAAUCGAAAGGGUGCGUUGAAAGGUGCUUUGUGGAAAACACAGUGCUCGAUGUUUUACCACAUGUUUAUGUUAACAUGUCAGAAUUGAAAACUACAGCCUCAGAAGAAAUUACUUUGUCUUCAAAGGGAUAUAAAUUACAAAAAUUCGUAGGUGAAGGAGCCUAUGCUAAGGUAUAUUUAACUGAGUACUCGGGAAAAGACGACGCUCAUAAGGCUACGCUCGCGUGUAAGGUUAUAGAGACGUCGAAAGCUCCAAGAGAUUUCGUCAUCAAGUUUUUGCCACGCGAAAUAGACGUGCUUGUGCGCUUGAAUCAUCCUCACCUUAUACACGUGCAUAGUAUAUUUCAAAGAAAAACGAAGUAUUAUAUUUUUAUGAGAUUUACUGAAAACGGAGACUUGCUGAGCUACAUUUUGAAGAACGGCUGCGUAUCCGAAAAUCAGUCCAGAGUGUGGUUUCGCCAACUAUCAUUAGGCAUACAAUACCUACACGAGUUGGAGAUAACACAUCGUGAUAUUAAGUGCGAGAACGUGCUCCUGACAGCGAAUUUUAACGUUAAAAUUUCUGACUUUGGUUUCGCCCGAUUUUGUGUGGACGAACACGACUCACCUGUGUUAAGUGAGACAUACUGCGGGUCGAUGUCAUAUGCAGCGCCAGAAAUUCUUCGUGGAAAACCCUACCUGCCUAAACCAACCGAUCUUUGGUCUUUAGGGGUGGUGUUAUUUGUGAUGCUGAAUAAGUCUAUGCCAUUUGACGACACGCGAAUGCGAAAAUUGUACGAGCAGCAGAUGGGCAAGAAAUAUCGAUUCAGAUCUCGAGUAGGCAGCUCUGUCUCAGUCGAGUGUAAGACUAUUGUCAAACAUCUAUUGGAACCUGAUCCAGGACUGCGCCACUCCGCCCAACAAGUGCUCAGUUCCGAUUGGAUUGCUAUGGACAGUAGGCUUACCACUUUGAACGCAGUAGAAGCAUCAGCACUGAAACGAGCCAGAGAGGACCACCGACGAUACUCGGAGGACAGAGGUCCGAAGCACGGUGACAUCCUCGACCAUACGGGAAGGAGCACUGUGUAUAAGGCGAGUGAAAUGAUAAAGUCUCUUGCUACCUUAACUUCAAAACACAAACAAUCAGUUUAAGUUUUUGAUGGAGGGAAAAUCAAAGUUUCAUCACAUGGAGGAAGAAUUGAAACUUACCGGAUCUGAACAACUAACACUUGCUACACGAGGUUACAAGAUGAUAAAGAAAGUUAACGAAGGGUCGUAUGCGAAGGUA